CCCAAAACCAGAGAGAGGGGGGAAAGCGGCUCCCUCCGGCCACAGAAUAUGCACUGGCAAAAAUCUUCUGCAACUGAGCAACCUCCCCUGCCACGCCCCUAUCAAGGUGUCCGUGUCAAGGAGCCAGUGAGGGAGCUUCUGAAGCGAAAACGUGGAAUUGCUCAGAACGCAAACUCGGCUUCAGGAGCAACGGUGUUUUUCCCCCACCAGCCACUUCCAUCCUAUUCACCCACUGGCCAGGUCUGCACAGAAUCGGAUUUGGUUGCACCUUCGUUGCCAAUUACCGAUGAUACGUCGCUCUACUCUGGGUGGGUGGCUCAACCAGCGGCAGCCUCCCUACAGCCACUGACCCAGUGGACUACCUACCCAGAUUAUGUGUCGCAUGAAGCGGUCAGCUGUCCUUAUACAGCAGACAUGUAUGUUCAGUCCAUGUGCCCCAGCUAUACCCUUGUUGGAACGUCUUCAGUACUGACCUAUGCAUCUCAGCCACUGAUCACAAACUUUGCGGCGAGACCCUCCACUCCGGCUGUCAUGCCUCAUCUAGACGUGGUGGACCAGCAACCCUCCCUGAGCUACUUCCCGUGGACUCAGCCCAUCUCAACGUUGCCAGGCCCUCCUCUGCAGUAUCAACCCGUUUCGACUGCCCUCCCUGCCCCCCAGUUUGUCCCUCUUCCUGUUCCCGUUCCAGAUCCAGUCCCGCAUGAGCUGGAAGAUGCCAGGAAGGAGAUGGGCACGUUGACCAUCGAGAAGCUCCUUCUGCAGGACGAAAACAGUGGCGCGUAUGAUCUAAACAACGGUCUCCCCGUCGAAGGACUUUAAAACCAGCGUGCCAGGAAAUAAAGAGGGUGUGGAGUUUCUUGCGUGUUUCAGGGAGAAGUCAGUUGGGAUGUGCAGCCAGGCUUGUCUCUCAUUGAAUCUCUCUCCAGGUUCUCACAAAUACUGAUAGGGAAACGCCAGCAUCUGGGUGGUCCCUUUCAUUUCCAAAUGCUGGGCCAAAGAAGUAGAAGCUUAGAGUUGCCAGCCUCCUGGAAUCUCCCAGAAUUACAACUGAUUUCCGGACAAGAGAGAUCAGUUCCCCUGAAGAAAAUGUCCGCUUCGGAGGGUGGUCUCUCUCUGGUGCUACACCUCGCUGAAGUCCAUCUCCUUCCUGAACUCCACCCCCAGAAUCUCUAGGUAUUUCCCAACCAGGAGUUGGCAACCCUAAAAAGGCAACCCCUAAUACUAGCCGCAACCUGCAACCAGAAAUGCCGCUCCUCCUUUAGCUGUGGGUGAAAAA